AGAUGAUAGAUCAUUAGCCACUCAAGUUGGGACAAUGGGCACCCAAAAAAUCCAAUUAGCUCUUGUUUUCUUGAUCUGGGCUUCAUUAUCAUGCCUCAGUUCAAGUCUACCAAGUGAGUUCUCCAUAGUGGAUCAGUCAAAAGAGCUUGUUUCAGAAGAGAGAAUUGCUGAGCUUUUUGAGCAAUGGAAGCAAAAGCAUGGAAAGGUGUACAAGCACGUGCAAGAGGCAGAGAAGAGGUUUCACAACUUCAAGAACAACUUGAAGUACAUAUUGGAGAAGAACUCGAAGAAGAUGUCGUCUUCGGGGCAUACGGUGGGAUUGAACAAGUUUGCUGAUUUGAGUAAUGAGGAGUUCAAAGCUGUUUACACUUCAAAGAUAAAGAAGCCAUUAAACAAUACGAGUUUUGAUGGUCAAUCGAGGAGGAACGUGCAGGGCAAGGCGAGGACGGCGUCGUGCGACGCACCUUCUUCCUUGGAUUGGAGGAAAUAUGGCAUUGUCACUGGUGUUAAGGACCAAGGAAGUUGUGGAAGUUGCUGGGCAUUCUCUACAACUGGAGCCAUUGAAGGAAUAAAUGCCCUAGUCACCGGAGAGCUCAUUAGCCUUUCGGAACAAGAACUUGUAGAUUGUGAUUCCACUGACGAGGGUUGUGACGGUGGAUAUAUGGACUAUGCUUUUGAAUGGGUUGUAAGCAAUGGUGGGAUUGAUACAGAAGCUGAUUAUCCAUACACGGGGGUGGAUGGUACUUGUAGCAUCUCCAAGGAGGAAACCAAAGUUGUCUCAAUUGAUGGCUAUACAGACAUAGCAGAAGAAGAAAGUGCUCUCUUAUGUGCUGUAAUUAACCAACCUAUUAGUGUUGGUAUGGAUGGCAGCGCGAUAGAUUUUCAACUGUAUACCAGUGGAAUCUAUGAUGGCAGUUGCUCGGAUAAUCCAAAUGACAUAGACCAUGCUGUUUUGAUCGUUGGUUAUGGUUCUGAAGGUGAUGAGGACUAUUGGAUUAUAAAGAACUCAUGGGGCACAUAUUGGGGAAUGGAGGGAUAUGGAUAUAUAAGAAGGAACACUGAUGCAACAUACGGGGUCUGUGCAAUCAAUGCCAUGGCUUCUUAUCCUACCAAAGAAUCCUCUUCGCCAUCACCUUAUCCAUCUCCGACACCUCCUCCGCCACCAUCACCGCCACCGCCACCCCCACCCCCAUCACCUCCCUCUCCAUCACCUAGUGAAUGUGGAGACUUCUCCUACUGUCCUGCAGACGAGACAUGCUGCUGCAUUUUUGAAUUUUUCGAUUUCUGCCUCAUAUAUGGUUGCUGUGAAUACGAAAAUGCUGUUUGCUGUACUGGCACCGAGUAUUGCUGUCCUAGUGAUUAUCCCAUUUGUGACACCGAAGAAGGGCUCUGCCUCAAGAAUGCUGGAGACUACCUUGGAAUAAAUGCAAAGAAGCGAAAGAUUGCUAAGCACAAGUUGCCGUGGACUAAAUAUGAAGAGCAAACAGAGAGACAAUACGAACCUCUCCAGUGGAAGAGGAACCAGUUUGCUGCAAUGCGUUGAAAGGGGAACCGUGUUCGUCAUUUCUUUGAACUUUGAAGGUUUGUUGUCACUUCCAUUAUUUUCUUUUGUCCCAGGCUGGACAUUUUUUUUUUGGUAUUGUUUAGAACACAGGUUCUAUUAGACAUUGAACUUAUGCUGUAAGCAGAACCUUAAACAGUUAAAAAUGGGGGAAUAUGUGAUUUUUUCUCCAGACCUUGUCUGGAAAGAGAAUUAUCAUUGAUUACAUCUAUGUUUGAUUUGUUAA